GGCGGGGCCGGCAGCCUGGCCGCUUGGGUCUGCGAUCCUCAGAGCUUCGGCAGGCGGGGUCCACGUUCUUCUUUCUCUCCCGACCUCGGCCCGCGCCGUGCCGGACCUGGCCUCGCGCGGCCGGUCUCUCCCGCUCCGUGCGUGCCGUCGAGGGAGCGGCACCGUUGUGGCGCCGCGCGGCCGCAGGCGAGUGCAUGGCAGCCCCCACGCCCCCACCGCCGGACCCCCAGUUCGUUCUGCGCGGCGCCCACUCAGCCGUGCACGCACUGCACUUCUGCGCUGGAGCCGAGGGGCAUCCACUGCUCCUCUCAGGGUCGCUGCGUGGGCUGGUGCACAUCUGGAGCCUACAGACGCGGAGGCCGAUCGCGGCCCUGGACGGCCAUGGGGGCCAGUGUGUGACCUGGCUGCACACGCUUCCCCGGGGGCCCCAGCUGCUCAGCCAGGGCCGCGACCUGCAGCUGUGUGUGUGGGACCUGGCAGAGGGCAGGAAUGCCGUGGUGGACGCCGUGCGUCUGGAGAGCAUGGGCUUCUGCAGGGCCUCCAUCCUGGCCGACGGCCCACAGCGCUGGAUGGUGGCCGUGCCCGGGAGAGGUAAUGACGAGGUCCAAGUUCUGGAGCUGCCGUCCAAGACGUUGGUGAGCUGCCUGAAGCCCGAGGCGGGGGCCAGACUGGGCAUGCCCAUGUGCCUGCAGCUCUGGCAGGCUGCGUCCAGCUCCCGCCCGUCGCUUCUGGCCGGCUACGAGGACGGCUCACUGGCCCUGUGGGACGUCUCCACGCGGAAGGUGUGCAGCCACGUCGCCUGCCACUCGGAGCCCGUCAUGGGCCUGGCCUUGGACCCGUGGAGGGCCAGGGGCGUGUCGGGCUCCGCGGAGAAGGCACUGGCCGUCUGGAGCCUGGAGGGGCAGCAGGCACUGCAGGUGCGCGGGACCCACAAGCUCACCAACCCCGGGAUCGCCGACGUCAAGAUCCGGCCAGACAGCAAGAUCCUGGCCACUGCGGGCUGGGACCACCGUGUCCGCGUGUUUCAGUGGCGGACGAUGCGGCCGCUGGCCGUGCUGGCCUUCCACAGCGCCACCAUCCACUGCGUGGCCUUCGACACCGCGGGCCUGCUGGCCGCGGGCUCCGGGGACCAGCGCAUCAGCGUCUGGUCGCUCUACCCGCCCACGUGACUCAGCAUGGAGGGGAUGCAGGCACAGAGGCGUGGUCCUGGGCCCCCUCCUGCCCGGGGCCAACUCCCCAUCAUGACGACGCAGAGACUGUGGGCCCUGGUGGCUGCUGUUUACGGCAUAACCAGGCUGGAUGCUGGGCACCUGCCAGGCAAGAGAGGCCAUUCUCCGCACCUGACAAUAAACUCGUUUGCAGACCAGCAGUUUGGAGGUGUGAAUUUUCCCAGGUGACCCCU